AGUGGUCAAUUAUUACACAAAUGAAACACGGGUAGAAAAAAGCAUUACAAUUUCUCUUCAAGAACACUGUUUUGGUACCGAUUUCUGGAAUGCGGCCAAAAAACCCGCCUCGAAUUCCGGUCGAUUGGUAAACGUGCAAAGAAGUGAAAUCGCUUGCGACAAGCCUGCAAGAAUGUUAAACAGAAAUGAGGGAUUUCACUCUGUGUUGAUGGUAUGGGCCGCUCUUGUAGUCUCCAGUGAACAGUACUCUGUUAACACAUCAAGCGAUAACAAGCCGUUUAAGGCUUAUGCAAACUCAACCAAGAUAGUAGAAACUCUUUUGAAAGAAUACGACAAAAGGAUCAGACCUGGAGUUAAAGGUUCCCCAGUCGAAGUACGAGUCGACAUGUACGUGGCCAAUAUCUGGGCAAUGCAAGAAGUUAAGAUGGAGUUUACAAUCGACAUAUAUUUGCGCCAAUACUGGAGAGACGAGCGAUUAGCGUUCGGCCAUCUGACCUCUGACCCUCUGCUGACCCUGAGCAGCAAUAUUAACAAGCAGAUAUGGGUACCGAGUACUUACUUCUUGAAGACUAAGAAAGCUUACUUUCAUGAUGUUACAACAGAGAAUUACCUGCUGCAGAUUCGGCCAAAUGGAAGCAUCUUCUAUAGCAUUCGACUCACAAUAACUACUUCGUGUACGUUGGAUCUGCGUCGAUUCCCACAUGACACACAGUUGUGUACAUUGGCAUUAGAGAGUUAUGGAUACCAAACGACUGACGUUUGGUACGCUUGGAACCCCAGAGAUGACAACACAUCAGCCAUCUUUGUCAACAAUGAAGUAGAGCUUCCACAGUUUGAGUUGGUCAAUGUGGAAAAGGAAGCAGUCAUAAAUAAAUAUAAUAUAGGCAACCAUUCCUCGUUAGUUGCCAUGUUCAAGAUGAAACGUCGAAUCGGCUACUUUUUGAUUGACACCUAUGUACCUUCCACCAUUAUUGUUAUCAUCAGCUGGAUAUCGUUCUGGAUUAACCCCGAUACUGCUCCUGCGCGGGUUGCCCUAGGAAUCACCACUGUUCUGACGAUGACGACGCUUAUUUCCAGUGCUCGCGCAUCACUACCCAAAGUGAGCUACGUGAAAGCUAUCGACUGGUACCUCCUGUUGUGUCUCAUAUUUGUGUUUGGGUCCAUUUUGGAGUAUACCUUUAUAGCAUUUAUGAUAAAUGUUAAGAAUAAAAGCAAAAGGAAGCCUUCAGUGGAUAGCGAAUGGGGAGAUGGUUCAAAGAAACAGGAAGAGAGGACAGAGCUUUUGUCUCUUUUUGCUCCAAAAUGUUCUCCCCGACGAGGAAACGCCCUUAAGCGAGUAUUAAGUCAAGCUGAAACAGAUUCUCUUGGUGUUGAAAGUAAAACGUUCCCAGAGAAAACGGAGAGGGAAAAAUGGUACUUUAUUAGUAAUCCUCACACUAUAGACAGGUGCUCGCGGAUUGGGUUUCCGCUCACAUUCUUUGCAUUCAAUUGCAUUUACUGGCUUGUACACGGAAAAGGAUGAAACUAACGAGAAAGGGGAAGUAUCAGUUUUGAAGGAGAACCAUUGUUGGGCGGCAAUAGAUGAAAGAAGUCGGUAGAUAUUUCGCCGCAUAGAAAUACGAAUUAAUACGUUGAUACGUUGUUUAAAUCCUUGGCUGCAAUGCUGGGCAUUCAGUACAUUAUGAUUAUGGCUUAUUUGUAUUCUCUUGUAGAAUUUGACGUCUCUAUUCGAGAAUAAAAUAUCAAAUGAUAGAACGAUUUAUUGAAGGUAAACUGUUACAGGCUAGGCCUAGCUAUUACCAUUUAAGAAAAAAAAAGUAAAAUAAUUAUAGGCCUUGAAUAUUUACGGUGUAGUCAGGGUAAACACGUAAACAUUAUGAAAAACCUUUUUCCUCUCUACUUAUGUGAUGACAAAGUAUUUACUGUGCUGAUCAAGGAGGCUUUAGCUUUUAUGUCUUGAACCAGUAAUAGGCAGCUCAACUAAACAAAAAAGGAUAAUAGGACAAGGAAGACCUCCUCAUAUCAGAUUUGAUGUUCUGUAGAUUUUUCAGCGCUGAAACUAGUCCUUGUAAGUCUUCGGAGGAGAAAAAUAUACCGCAGCAUCACUUAUUAUCAACAUAAGUAUGACAAAUAAGAUUUGAUGUGAAAGGUUUUUGUUUCAACGCUUUACCAACAGUGUUAAAAGAAAAUUUUGUGUAGGCCUAAUAAAUAAUGUCACAGCAGUUAGAUCUGUAUCAGUCUUACUAGGAAAGAACAUACUGAGGGAUUAUCUUGUGGGUAUCUUAAAUUUUUAUCAAAAAAUUCUUAUUAAGUAGAAUUCAUCGAAUGAUUGCCUGAUUUUAAUCAAAGAUGUGACUGUAAAAUUAUUCUGAUGAAUAAAAUCAUUGAACGAUCUCUUUUAAUGUA